AUGGCCCUUCCAUUGCUACUCCAAGCCUCCCUGGUCCUCUUUCUCGCUGGCCUGGUGGAUCUGUUAUGGGGAAUAAACGGAACUAUCGCGGGCAUAGUGACGGGAUUCAUCGCCCUUUCGCUUCUCCUCAUCAUUGCAAGCGCCCUCAUACCCCUCUUUUCGCCCAGUUGUCCCUACAAAUCUGCUCUGUCGUGGAUUGUGUAUCAGCUGGUUUCACUUGUCAUCCGCAUGACAAUUGAGAGCUGGAAAUUUUUACGAACUGCGGCACAUGGAUUUUGGGGGCGGUUCCUCCCCUUCACGACCCGACCCAGAAGCAUGCCUUCGAUGACCUCCACCCUCACCUCUUUCCACGACGACUGGUCUCUCCGUGACCUUCGCGAGCUCCGGCGCGACCCACUCGCCGCGAACGCCUUCCAUGCUCGUGCACUCCAAUGGUUGCACUCUUCAUCGCUGCACGACCCCAUCCUUGAUCUCACCGUACCGUGCAUGGACGACCUCCUCAAGGACGAGCGCGUCCGGCUCGUUGUAGCUGUAAUCUCCUCUGCUCUGGGGUACACACCUCGCGCGCUCGUCAAGCUCCUCAGGAAACACGACGACACGUUCGACCUGCUCAAGGGCGAUAAGGAGGGCAUGCAGCUCGCGGGGCAGUGGGCGCUCCCGCGCCACACGCGUCAGCGGCACUUGGGGAUGCUGUUGGAUGUCUUGCCACAUGCCAGGCAAAACGACCCGGAUGUGGCGAGACUCGAUAUCCUGUUCUUGCUGAGGUUCACGGUGUCGGUACCGACAAUUUCGCAUAAGAUACUUUAUGAGAGGUACUGGCCUGCAAUGGUGGACGCCUUGGGUGGGCCGUACAACUUCUAUUCGAGGCGGGAGAAACUCGUCGUAUGGUCCUCCCUCAGGCGGCUGCGUAAUUGGAAGGCGAUGAUUCGAGAGCGAGCUGAUGGCCCGUAUCAGACGUCGAAAGGUUCCUAUCAUGAAGCUGGCCAGACCAAGGAAUACUUUGAGCUUUCGUGCCGCACCUCUCUGGAGGCACUAUGGGCGUUCCGCCAUACGCAUUCCGACCCUAUGCGCCCGCUGCCGGAGCGCAUCCGGCGUCCACUGGUCAGGUUGUACGGCAUCAUGGCCGAGUAUCUCCAAUCAUGCCAAUCUCAAAGAGCGAAGGUCAACUGUUUUCCGUUUUUUGCUCCUGACGUCACGUGCUGCCACGGGACACUGCUUUGCUGGGCGAGAGAAAAUAGCGGGAUUGUACCGCCGUCUCUCGUACGCGCCGUCAGGGCAUGCCACGAAAUGCAUCUUUUGCCAGACGAUUACUCCGACGGCCAUAUCAUUUCGACCGAGCUUCGAGAACUGGAACAAUUGGAACGACUGCAGGCUACCAAGAAUAUUUUGUCGAUACCCGUGAUCGAGCAGGAUGGCAAAGGUUUGGUCCUUGCUAUCGACGGAGCGGAGAUCUCUGGACAUUAG